AUGACCAUGUUAGAAAAGGUCGUUACCCGCAGAUUUCUACCCAGAAUUUGGUCAAACCUGAGCCGUCAGGUCCCCGGGAGGACGCCUUAUGAUUACAGCCGUGUCAUAAUCGGUGCAAUCCCUAGAGUUCCAUCCCUAAACAAGACGCCUCUGGUGGCGGAUACAAGCAUAUCCUAUAAAGGAGGUUUAGUGCAUAGUAGCAUGUUGCAAUACGGUUCAGCUUACAGCUACACCCCUUGGCCGUCAGAAACGAACCAGAAACGGUACAGCUUACCACCAAAUGCUCCUGAGGAUGAGGCCCCCAUAAAGAUACGUUUCAUUUAUGGCUUUUCUGCCAAGAAGCAGCAUAGUGACAACAGGACAACUUCUAUCAUUCUGCAGCAUCUUGAUCAUUCUGUAUUAAAGGCCAGGACGUGUGUGGUACAUGGAUAA